AUGGUGGAUGAAAGUGAACGACAGGUGGAUGAAGGGAGCGUCGUGGAGAAUUUGGAAAAAAAUGGCCAGGAGUUUGAUCAAAUUGUGGACAUAAGAGUGAGGAAGAAAAGAGGAUUUGAUUUAACGUUCAAACUAGCUGUGGUAAAAUAUGCCGAGCAGCACUCCGGAGAAGGAGCGGCCAGACAGUUUCACAUGGAUCUAAAUAGCAUUAGAGAAUGGAAGAAACAAAAAAGUGAAAUGACUUUUCAGGCUGACUCGGAUGGCAAGUGUGCUCGUUUGUCAGGUGGAGGGAGGAAGAAAGUGAGUGAGGAGCUGGAAGCUAAACCGUGUCAGUGGAUUCACCACAUGCGUGGAUGGAACCUCAGAGUUUCCCGCAAAAUGAUUCGAGUUAAGGCCAAGGAGAUGUACGCUGUGGCGGAUGAUAAGAGAGAUGGGGGGGCGUUCGAGGCGAGUGUCAGCUGGCUUUUCAGAUUCCUCCGGCGCAACAACUUUUCUCUUAGGACAAAAACAACUGUUGCACAGAGAGAUGCUCCUAUUGAUUAG